UGCGUGCAUCAUUCAACAUGGCAGCUCCCGUCAGCCUGAGAGGAAAGGAUUAAUAUUCUUCUAACAAGCCUCGAUAAUAUAUUUUCCCACAAUCUUUAGUCAAUUCAUAACUAUCAAUACGUUAUUUAUAGUCUCAUCGAUAUGUUCAACUACAAGAAAAAACUACGGGAAGCAACAACCGUUUGUUAUUUGACUUGACUUGACUUGAAGAUCACACAGUAGGUGGCGAGAAACUGAAAAUUACAUGUAAAGUCACGUAAAGUUCUGUUGGUUUCACUGCAAUAAGUCCACUUACCUCAGGUGGUGGUUAUUAAAUUGCUUAUUUACAGGUUGGUCUAUUAUGUCUACUGCAUGCAUCCCUGAUUCAAGUUUCCCUUAUAUUGAUCUAUAAUAAUAAUUCAUUCAUAUUUUUGAAUGAAGUCUUGCUGGACAAAGAAGCAAAAGAAAACGUGAUGUACCAAUACCAAAUCAUAUGAGGAUAUGUGUUUACCGCAUUAUGGUCAGUUGUGUUUUUAAGUCUGGUCAUAUAAUGGCUUACCAAAGAGCUAUAACCCUCCUUACUCACGGGAAACGGCAUGUCUUCAGUCAGUUGAUACACAGCUUUCAAAAAUCACCUAAUGCUCUCAGCCAAACCAUUAGAUUUCAUAAUCACUUUUAUACAAGAACUACAAGAACCCUUCAUACUAGUGCACCUUCGCUGGUGGCCAAGCUACUGUCUGUGGAUGAGCUUUUUGCUCGGAGGUCUCUGCUGGAGCGCCUGAAGAAGGUGGAGACAGAGUACAGUGAAAGUCUGAGAGCAGUCAACCACAGUGCCAUGGAGGAGCAGUACAGUGAGGAUGAGCUGAGGACCAAGAGAAGCAAACUGUCACUGCUGGCUCCUCUCAUCCAGAGCAUCAGAGAACUAGACACCAAACACAAAGAGAUGGCUGAGACUGAGGCACUAUUGAAAGAUGAAGAUCACGCCCUGCAAGAGCUGGCCAAGCUGGAAAGGGACAGUUUUUUGCAAGAUAUUCAAAAUCUGAGACAGAAGAUCCUGGAUCUGCUGAUCCCUAAAGAGGAGGCUGAUAUGAGUGACCUCGUCCUGGAGGUCACAGCUGGUAUUGGGGGUCAGGAGGCCAUGCUAUUCACUUCUGAGGUCUUUGACAUGUACCAGGGCUUCGCUCAUCAUCAUGGUUGGUCAUUUGACAUCCUGGAGUAUAUGACCAGCGAUAUAGGAGUACGUCAUGCUUCAGCCAGUAUCAGCGGCCCUCAGAGCUACAAGAGGAUGAAGUUUGAGGGUGGAGUCCAUCGAGUGCAGAGGGUUCCCAAGACUGAGAAACAAAGUCGAAUGCACACCAGCACCAUGACUGUGGUUGUACUGCCCCAACCCACAGAGAUCUCUUUCACAAUUAACCCAAAGGACCUGAGAAUAGAUACUAAGCGGGCAAGUGGAGCUGGAGGCCAACAUGUCAACACCACAGACAGUGCAGUCAGGAUAGUCCAUCUGCCUACAGGCGUGGUUGCAGAGUGCCAGCAGGAACGCUCCCAGCUGAAGAACAGGGAGAAAGCCAUGAUGUCUCUGAGAGCAAAACUGUACAACAUGAAGCUGGAAGUGGAGACCAGCAAACGCUACAACCAGCGUAAAAUACAGGUUGGCACCAAAGGCAGAUCGGAGAAGAUCCGGACAUACAACUUUGCCCAGGACCGUAUAACAGACCACCGGAUCGGAAUGACCGUGCAUGACGUCAGAAGUUUUCUGCUGGGAGAGGAUCUGCUGGACGAGAUGAACUCCUCACUGCAGGAGUUCUCCAACCAGGAGACGCUCAUGGAGCUGCUGGGAGAAAACGAGCAGGAGAGGUCAUGAGUUUUUUGGAAGGUUUUUGCCUCUUGUGAUAAAUUGGUUGAGAUGAACACGAACGCUGGAAUACACUGUAUUCACUAAUGAUACAAAUUCUGUGGUGAGAACUUAUGAAGAACUGGGAUGUUGAUGCUUCUUCCUACGACUCAUGUCUGCACAAAUGGACAUAUGGACACACAGGUAGAUGUCUUGUAAAUAAGUGACAUAUCCACAACUAAAAUAAUCAUACCUGGUCACCAAUAAAUGACGGGACUAUG